AACAUGGCUCCAGGGUGGCGUGGCAUCAAGGUUAUUCUUUCUGAUGCCAAUGUGCCGGGUGAGGGGGAGCACAAGAUAAUGUCGUACAUUCGCUUGCAAAGAAAUCUACUAGGGUUUGACCCGAAUACACAACAUUGCUUGUAUGGGUUGGAUGCUGACUUGAUCAUGCUUCCACUGGCUACACAUGAAGUGCAUUUUGCAAUUCUUAGAGAGAGAAUAUCAAAAUGGGAGAUGAACGAGGUUGAUCUGUUGCCAAUUACUCAAUCUGAUAGUAGAUGCAAGGGUCGAUGUCGGCCUCAUGGGACUGAUUCAUUACCAAAAGGUAUAAUCUGUGAGACCUCUAACUUAGAGAUGCGACCAUUAUGGGGUUUCCCAAAGAAAAAGGUGUGUGAAACAAAUGCAAAUUUCAAUUGGCAAUGGAACCAAAACUGAAUUUCCUUCAUUGUUAGAUACGGAUUAUUAGAUGCCUGUGUUGCUUUUUAUCAUCUGUGGGUGGUAAUAAAAACAAGAAAAAUGAAAGAACUGUCUGCUAAUGUCUUGUUAAAUGGACUCUUCGAGUAGUUAGUCAUCACGUGCAGUUGCACAAACAAUCUCCAUUGGCAUAUACAGUACACAUGUACAAAAUCCUGACUGCUCUUCUGGUGCGACCCACCUUGAAUGGGCGUUCAACC